AUGGAACAACGUGUUCAACAGUUCCACGAUGACACAAAGUCUAUACCAACCCCACCUACAGCAAAGACUCUCAAACAGAUGAACACGCUCAAGAAAUUUCUUUUCAAGAAUCAGGCAUGUAGAUUUUCUGACAAGGAAAAGAAUAAGCUGUUUGCAUGUAUUGAAGCUUAUUUCACUUGCUUUGAUAGAAGUGCCACAAGUAACAAGAACAUAUCUGCAUUUCCUUUGAUCGAGGAUGCUCUCAAGGUGCCCUGUUUUACAACCAAACAAAAGAUGCAGUUAUUAAAAUGGUACGAAGAGAUUCUUUCGAAACAAGAAGAUCAACCAUUGGAGAAGCCUAAACCAGUUGAGAACCAAGAAGACAAUUUUGACGACUUUGAUUGGGAUGCCUUUGAAAAAGAACAAGACUGA